CCGGUACACAGUAGCAACACACAUUAUAUAAUAUAACGAAAUGGAGAGUACUGCAUCAAUUAUGGAGGUGCCAAUAUUUCAAGCGGAUCUGGAAACAGAAGAUAAACCGCCAAUAGAUAGACUGUAUGUCUCUAUGGAACUUUAUAAAGAUGUAACAAAUCGCAAUGAAAUAGUACAGUUAUCAGUACAAAUCAACUCGAAAUGGACACUAUUGUCACAAGAUAACAGUAAGGAUGAUACCACAUCUCGACAAGAAGAAGAUACACAAAACAUGUUGAACUUUGAUGUUCUCCACAUAGUUAUCAAACCGGAAAUGAUCACAUCAACUGAACAUAUAUCGCACGCUAUUAGCCGAGCCGCCACAAACGCAAUCAAUCGAAAGGUACAUAGCAAUAACUUUACUACUGAAGUGGUAUACAUGAUGGGUGGCUCAUCUAGCGUUACAAAAUGCAUGCAAGAAAUCUGUAUACAACAGGAAACUGAUAAUAACGAAGCUAUAACGCUUAUGUUAAUAUCAAUAUCGAAAGAUAAGUCGUUCGGAACGUUCAAUAACAUGAUCAAAGGUACUAGAGUUGAUCUAAAUAAACUUAAUGAAUACACGAACAAUGAACUAAUCGCAAAGGCAUUCAAAUGUUCGCAAAAGGAACUCCAAUUGCCAGGAGGAAUCAACGCAUGCGUACUAGGUCGUAUAGGCACCAAGAGAAUAUAGAACAUAGUUUCAUACCGUAGACGGCGAAGCUAUAAGUAAACCCGAGAUGG